CAUUUGAAGAAUGGGGAUUGUCACUGUCCUGUUAGCUUUGCUUUUGUUGUCAUGUAUUGAUGAUGCAGACAGUAAAACGAAGCUGGACGAUGAUGACCCAUCUCAAGACGUAGGAAAGCUUAUAGAAACAAUUAAAACAAUUUUGGAAAUAAAAAAUGAUAUAAAGAGAGCUUACGAAAAUGUGGCUAAAAAACAAAAAUCAACUAACGCUAAAGACAAAGAUUGUGAGAAAAUAGAUGCAGCAACAAAACCAACUACUUUUAAUACACGUCAGCCUAGCACAAUUAACAAUGUUAACCAUUCACCGCCAUUCAAGUAUUCUGAAACAGUAGACAAACCAGCCAUUGGUAAAACAGAAUCUAUGUUUAAACAUACAAAAUCAACUGGUGUAGAAAUAUAUGAUAUACUUUCAAAGCAAAACAACAACAAUGAUAGAAAUUCAUUAAAAAUUCAAAAGGCUGGGGGAAAAAACUCUGCCAACAAAGAUAUAAAAAAAUUAGGACAAACAACAGAAGAUGUGACCGACAAAAUAUCAUCUUUAAAAAAAAAACAAAUUGUCACGAUUAAACUGCCAAAGGAUGCACAUUCUACUUCUUCUAAACCUACCAAUAAGGAUUCGAAAAAAAUGAAGGAUUCAUUGACUCCAACUGAAACAGAAGAGUCCCAACCAUCGUCUGCGAAGGUACACUCCGAGACCAAUCAUAAUUUUAAGAAUAAGAAAGAUGCCGUAGUUAUCAUGCCUAUUAAAUCACAGUCCUUUACUAUUAAUAUUUCAAAAGGUGAUACCGUAUUGCCUAAAACUACAAAAUCAGUAAGCGAAAUUGCAAAAAGUGAAAGAAAAACAAGCAAGUCACCACCUUUACCUCCACCAACAAAUUCGAUGGCUCAGCGUAAUGUCACAAGAAAUACAGUUUCAGUUAAAUCCAAAACAACAGUGCCGAAAAAGUCAACUAAGGGAGGUGUUAUGUCAUUGGCUGAUUUAAACAGUUCAAAUGACGAUAUUACAUUACAUAAAACCUCAGGACCGGUUAAUAAAAUUGUUAUAAUUCCAAAAUCACCUCUAUCGUCAACCAAGCAAAAUGGUAUUAUGGAUGAUGGCCAGAAAAAGAAUAUCGUAUCGUCCGGAUCAUCUGCUACAAAUCAACCAAAUAAGUCUCAUAACGGAAAAACUGAGUUGCAUUCACAUCAAAAUACAGAACCUUCAAUUACUGGGAAAAAACCAACUAUUGCCGAUAAAGCUAUAAACAUGGUAUCUUCAAAUGAUGAUGAAAACCAUCUUAGCAUCUCUAGAAAUUCAAAAUUUAUCACUGGAAUUAAUGACGAUGGUAAUAAACGUCUAUUGCAUAAAAAUGACUUUUCAUAUACGGAAAAACUAACCAGUCAAAAGAAAGGUUUACUUGACACAAAUGAGCCGGUAAAGCACAACAUAUCAAAACCCAUAUUCAACACUGCUGAUGAAAAUCAAUCGUCAUCGAACAAGGAAUUUUCCUGGAAAGGAGUGUCGGGUAAAAAAAACCGGAGUUCACCAUUAUCCAAAGAUAUAACAGUAUAUAAUGACAGAAUCCACACUACAAAAAUUCAAUCAGAACAAACACAAACUGAAGUAAACAAUGGCAACCACGUAUCAUCUGUAACACGGACCGAUUCUCCAAUUAAAAAUCAGAAUAUGAAACGUACCUCAGAUUCAAGUUUUUUGUCUGUAAUGAAAAUAGAAGAAAAUUUGAAAUCCACAUAUGGGCAACAUGAUAAUGAUAAUGAAGUAUUGGGAAAAGGACACGUAACAGCUGAAGACAAAUCAAAUACUGAACGAAAAUCCUUUCUAGACCCUAAAGAUCCAAUGCUGAACGAGGAUGUACGAGAGGGAACGAAGAAACUUGUUGUGGGGAAGAUAAGUCCAUCAAUUAUAACUGGUAACGGUCAACUUGCUACGGAAGCUGUGGAAUCAGGACAAAUUUCUAUGUCCCCUGGAUUGUCAAAUAGUAAUGUAUUUGUUGUAAAUGCUGGGCCAAGAUUUGUGAAUAAUCAGGAACAUGUCCCCUUUUCCAGUGUUUCAAUUAAAAAAGUUGAUAGAAAACAAACCAUAGAUGGACUAAAUCUGGGACAGAAAAAAGUAAGUAAACUAUCAGAUAGCAAUAUGUCUUCAAACGAUGAUGAAAGUAAGAUUAACAGCAUAACCACGGAUUACGUUCCUAUAUCAAAGGUUGCCAAUUUAGCUAACGUUUCGGAAAUUUCUAACAUUACCAAAACUGAAAAUAUACAAGUGUCCGAAGAAACUAACAAUCAGCCUAAACAUAAUACAGUGUCAGGUUCCAUUGUCACAGAAUCAUUCGGGAUAGACCAAGUAGUUGCUAGGAAUACACUGUCAUCCCGCAGGAAACUCGAUUCAAUUGUGCCUACUCAGCCUAAAAAUGCAUAUCAUUUAUCUAAAGGAACAUCCAUAAACAGAAAUUUCUUUGAUCAAGCGGUUUAUGGAAACAGAGUGCAAAGCAUCAACACUCUAAAUGUGUCACCUAACGAGAAAACAAAUACUGGCAAUUCUAUUAUAAUAAAUUUGAAAGUUCACAGCAAUGACGAAAACAGAUUUCACAAAAGUUUUGAUAAGAAUGACGACUCGGACUUUCCUAAAAGUGGAGUGUCUGUAAAAAGUUUAUCGACAGAUUCACCUGUUUCAUCCAAAACUAAUGGAUCCUUGUUCGUUGUUACCGCAUCACUUCAAAGCACACCAACCAAAGUACGGAAGGCUAAAUUAAAUAAGGAUAAAAAGAAAUCUUUCGGCACGAUUUUUGUUCCAACCACACAAAUGGCUGGUUUUGUACCAAUGAAAACUAUUGUUGAUCCGUUAGAACAGUUCUCUAAAGAUAAAACAGAAUUUACUGAGGAUCCAGAAAUGAAAAUCAAAGAAAAAUCUGAUAUCACUGAACGUAAUAUAUCUAGUGGUAAAGCAACGUCUAUGGUACCGGCUGGAUUAACAAUUCAAAUUCUUUCAUCAAAAAAGGAUGAAAACAAACAUAAAAGUUCCAAGAAUGCAAUGAAUGCAGUUUCCUGGAAACUUAAAAAGACUGGACAAAAAGCCGUUAUAACAAAACCUGGUAAGUAG